AUGAUCAACUCACCACCACGAGAUCUUCGAGGCAUCUUUGUCGCUCUCAUUACACCUUUCACGGAUGAUCGCACGCAGAUCGACGCCAAGCGACUUCAAGACCACAUCGACUUCCUCGUCGACAGUGGUAUACAUGGCAUAGUUCCAGGUGGCUCGACCGGCGAAUUUACAGCAUUGAGUAUUGCUGAAAGGAAACAGCUUAUCGAGCUGUGCGUCGAGUACUGUGCUGGUCGAAUCCCAGUCGUGGCUGGAACUGGUGCACUGACAACAAAAGAUUGUGUAGAGCUUGCAAGUCAUGCUUCUCAAGCAGGUGCAGAUGCACUCAUGGUUGUUCCGCCAUUCUACGACGCCGUUAACUAUGAGCAACUGAAGGAACUGCUUAACGAGAUCAGCUCGGCCUCUAAUCUGCCAAUCAUGUAUUACAACAUACCGUCUGCAAGCGGCGUCACACUCAGCCCAGAACAGCUCGCCGGCUUGUCAGGCAGUGGUGUGAGGUACAUGAAGGAUACCUCAGGCAACGCACCAGCGUUGACAGAAUUGCUCUUUGAACGACAGAACGAGAUCACAACCUUCAACGGCUGGGACACAUUGACCUUUUACGGUCUGGCAGCAGGAGCGAAGGGCUCGGUAUGGGGUGCAAGCAACGUCAUUCCAGAGCUGUCAGCAGAACUCUGGGAGGCAGUCGCCGUGCAGCAAGAUCUCAAGAAAGGACGAGAACUGUGGAGCAAGAUCUUCCCUGUCUGCAAAUUCUUGGAAUCGCACCACUAUGCGUCUGCGGUCAAAACGGGUAUGGAGUUAAGGGGAUGGAAAACUGGUGGUAUCAGGAAGCCAUAUGCUCUCUUGGCGGAUGAGCCACGGAAGGAGUUUGCGCAAAUCUUGGAGAAGGCUGGUGUGAACGUUGUUGCUUGA